GUUUUAUGGGUGCGAUCAAUCAAGAGCGGCUGUCCGAGUCGACGUGCCGGAAGCGCCUUCGGGAGCUCGUCAAGGAGACGCAACGCGACCUUCCCGAGGCGCCGUCGGCGAUAGAAGUACUCGACCUCUCCGACUGCCACCUCACCGAUCACUACGCGGGUCACAUUCAUGCUGUCAUUGAGCUCAACGCCAAGGUGCUCCAGUCGAUCGACCUCUCGUUCAACGACUUUGCCAGCGGCCUCGUCGAGGCCUUUGACAAUUACCCGGAGCUGCCGUCACUGACGAAACUCAAUCUCUCGAGCAACGCCAUCAACGACACGGCGGCCGACCACGUGAGCAAGCUCGUGUCGCGCUGCCCGAAGCUCACGUCCAUCGAUCUCUCGCUCAACCGGCUCGGGAAGGGCUGCGCGCGCGCCAUUGUCCAAGCCAAGUUGCUCGUCUCGCUCGACCUCUCUUCGAGUCAUUUGUCGGACGCGGGCUGCGACGUUCUCUGCCAAAGUCUUCUCGUACGCAAGUCGAGUCUCCAGGUUCUCUCGCUCGCCAUGAACCAGCUCACCGACAGCAGCGCGCUCGCCGUCGCCAACGUGCUCGUCAACGACACGACCUGUGCACUUCGGACGCUCGUUCUAUCCGGAAACCUUAUCCAAGACCACGGCGCCAGCGCCAUUGCCUUCUCGAUGGACCGCAAUGCCUCGAUCCAAGAAAUCUUCCUCGACGCCAACCAGAUUGGCAACGAAGGUCUUCGGUCCUUCCUCAACAUCCUUCGAUCGAGCCCGACGCGAACAUAUGCGGCGCUGUGCCUCGAUGGAAACCCCGCCGACGCCGGUCUCUUGCGCGAUGUGGACCACCAGCGCCAAGCCAGCAUGCUGCUGUCGCAGCUCCCAAAAGAUCUCGGCGUGCGCGACCGCCUCGAGCUCAGCGGCCCCACCGUCUCGACGUACCUCGGCUCGGUCAUCUUUGACCACAUGUGCCAGGCCUGCGUGGACAUUUUGCGUAGCUACCGACACCUUGUGCACGUCGACUUGAGUAAAAAUGCGAUUGGCGACCACGGCGCGUUCGACAUUGCUCUGUACGUGGCAAUGAACCCUAAACUCACAACACUUCACCUUGGUUGCAACCAGAUUGAAGAUGCGGGUGCGGUUGGCCUCGCGCAAGCCCUGCUCGUCAACAGCACACUGACGAGCCUGCACAUCGAGUCCAACCGGCUCGGGGACGCUGGCGUCCGUAGCCUGUACGCUGCUUCGUUUGACAACAAACGCAGUGCGCUAACCACCAUCCGCGUCGACGCCAACCUGCACGGUGUCGAAGGCAACCACGCCAUCACAGCGAUCGCCGAGGCUAAGAAACUCGCGAUUUCAUUGGCUCAGGAAACGCCCCUCGUGCUCGAUCUUUCAGGUCAAUAUUUGCAGCGGUUUGGCGCCAACGUGGUGCGCGAUACUCUUUCGAGUCAGUGCCAAGUGCUCAACUUGUGCCGGAACGCCCUUGGCGACGACGGUGCCGCCGCUAUCGCAACGCUCCUCCUUCGACACACGGCGCUCACCAAGGUCGACUUGAGCUGCAACAACAUUGGCGACAAGGGCGCGUUGGCGCUGGCCGAGGUGCUCCCCAAGAACAAGACGCUAAUCGCACUCAAUGUACGCGCGGCGUACGGCGAGGCGGCGUCGUGGCGUGACGCGCACAUCUCGGAGGCCGGCAUGCUCGCGCUCAGUCGCGCACUGAGUGACAAUACUGGUCUCCAGGUCGUCGACCUCCGCGACCACUGCGCCAGCAAGCACGUCGUCGCAUCGUGGGUGCAGUUGCUGCAGAAGAACGCAACGCUCACCAAACUCAAUGGUCUGACGCCGACGGUCUUUCUGUCACGCUACCACAUUUAGCAAGUCCAUCAAUAGCAAAGAGUACUAGAGUACUACACAUGAAUCGAGUUGGCCGAGUACCGUGGUCGCACCGUAUCGCCCAUGAUAAGCUGUAGGCAGAUCAAUCCAACCCUUCGGUUCGCAUCGUC